AUGGUGAUCUUUCUCUCUUAUUUAAGCGGCUAUCACUUUCUCUUUCCGAUCAAUUUCGAUCGACGAACAUACGCAACAACACUUGUUGACUUCAUGACAAGAAACAGCCUGAUAUAUACGGGAGAUAUUAAUCAUUUCGGUCUGACCUANAAAGGUAUAUUCAAAGGUGCUGUUGUCGUACGUGGUGCUGAUUGGGAUUGGGGUGAUCAAGAUGGUGGGCCAGGUGGUCAAGGAAAAGUUCAAGAAAUUAAAGGUUGGGAAAAUGAAUCUGGACGAAGUGUAGCAGCUGUUGCUUGGUUACAUAAUCCACAUGUAGCGAAUGUUUAUCGUGUUGGACACAAAGGAAAAGUCGAUUUAAAAUACGUACAAGAAGCAAAAAAUGGUCAAUAUUAUAAAACGCAUUUACCUGUUCUUGGUGAACAUAUCGAACGUCUUGUGCCACCGCUUGAGCUUUCACAGUUUUCCGUUGGCGAUAAAGUUCGUGUUAUGUCUGAUAUUGAUCUAGUUAAACAACUACAAGAAGGUCACGGCGGAUGGAACAUACGUAUGGCGGAUGUUUUAGGCAAGGAAGGACAUGUUCAUCGAGUUACGGAACGUGGUGAUGUUCGUGUACAAUUUCACUUAAAUGAUGAAAAUAAUCAAGAACAAUCGUCAUCAUCAAUAGCACAACAAAAUCGUUGGACAUUUCAUCCGGGAGCAUUAAGUAAAAUACAUUCUUUCGCCACUGGUGAUCAAGUUCUUAUCUGUGCCGAUGAACAACGUUUACGACAAGCACAAAAAGGACAUGGAGAAUGGUCACACGACAUGAUCGGUGUAUUGGGAAAGCAGGGAAGGGUUUUACAAGUUUAUGGUGAUGGAGAUAUCCGUGUCAGCGUCAAUGGUCAAUCAUUUACAUUUAAUCCACAAUGUUGUGUGCCAUUGACAACAACAGCAACACCAUCAGCAGCAGCUAGUUUACUUAAUUCUACAAGUCAUAAUACACUUCAGGCAUAUCAAGCUCAACAACAAAUGGAAUACGCUUCAAGCGUUGAUUGGAGUUUACACGGUGGUUCAUCCAUCGGUGGUGGAACAACAAAUUCAUCGUCUUGUAAACAAAUGUUAAUCUAUAAUACGCUCUUGGGACAUAACGAUGCAUUAUCAUCAUCGGCCAUUGUUCGAGAUGCAGCUCAAGGAAAACUUCAAGCUGUUCGAGAUGCAUUAAACAAGAAUCCACAAUUAGUUGAAAGCCGAUCUGGUGACAAAUCUGCAUUAAUGUUAGCAGCACAUCAAGGCCAUAUAGAUAUUGUUCGCAUUCUUCUCUCCCAUGGAGCUAAUUUAGAACAGCGUGAUGCUGAUGGUGACACUGCACUUCACUAUGCGUGUUUUGGUAAUCAACCCGAUUGUAUAUCGUUAUUAUUAUCAAAAAGUGCAGACAUCAAUUCAAUUAACUCCACGGGUUGUUCGUCACUACAUAUUGUAAUUAAUAAACAAUUGUUAGAGUGUACAAAAAGAUUGUUAAGCAAUCAACAACCAGCCAUCGAUGUUAACUUACAAGACAUUUAUGGAGAUACCGCACUACAUGAUAUUGCAAAUACUCGUGUUUUCGGCCAUUUUGCUGGUCUUGAUGAAUUGUCUUCAUGCGGGACUCAUUCGAGCAUUUUGAAUCUAAUCAAACAAUUAGAAGAAACGCGUCACCAAACGAAUCUUCUUCCAUCCGAAGGAACAUCGCCUGAUCGUUCCAACAACGAAUGUGUCGAUGGGCGAGAACUAAUCGAUCUUCUACUUUCUGUACCGAAUAUAAAUUUCAAUUUAAAAAAUAAACGUGGAUUUAAUGUUCUUCAUCAUGCUGCACUCAAAGGAAACGCUUAUGUGACAUACCGAUUAAUCGAAUUAUGUCGACAGUUAGUCGAUUCGAAGAAAGAUGAUGGUUUCUCUUCUCUUCAUUUAGCUUGUUUAAAUGGCCAUUUGUUAGUUACUUGUUUAUUAUUGCGUUGUGGACAUGCGACAGUUGAGAUUUGUAACAGUCGAAAACAAACUCCACUUCAUUUAGCCGUUGCCCAAGGACAUUCAUCCAUUGUUAUUCUUUUAGUACGUGAUCAUCGAGCGUCAACUAAAGUUCUCGAUGAAGAUGGUGAUACACCGCUACAUUUAAUUCUUUCAAAGACUCAACAGUCUGACGAUUCCUGUCUAACAUUAUUAGGAUCGGAUUUAAUUCCACAGAUGCCUGUUGAUUAUCGUCAAAUACCAAAUAUUGUUUUAGCUGCAUUUUUGAUAAAAUGCGAUGCACCGUUAUUGGUUAAAAACCGUCAGAAUAAACUACCUUUGGAUUAUGUCAGUGAUCAAAAAUUGAAAGAAUAUUUUAUCCUAUUGAAUCGCUCAGCAAUUAUCAAACAAGUUAUGCCGAAUACAUCAGCAUUAUCACCGUGUAUUAUAUGCGAUGAAUGUCCCGCGGAUAUUUUGUUUGAACCAUGUAAACACAAAAUAUCUUGUAAAGAAUGCUGCGUCAAAAUGAAACGAUGCGUUUUGUGUCAACUAAAUAUUGAUGCUAAAUAUACACACGGUAAGAAUCUCGUCUCAUUCUGA